AUGUUCUCUACCACCCUCCGCGUGUGCCUCCUGGCCGCUAUCCUAUUCGUCAACCUAUCCUCCGCCUUCCCUCUCAUCGGCCGCGACGUACAAUGGUCCUUCACCCUCUUCCCGUCACCCUCAUGCAAUGGGACAAUCGGUGACCCCCACGCCGGAUCUGGCAGCACUGGCUGUCGCGCCGACCUUCACAGUGUCGCCUCCGCAUACACACUGAACACUAUCGCUCAAGGAUGUCGCAUCGAGUUCUUUGACAACACCAUGUGCGACGCAGAGGAGCUCUCCGAUGUCGCUGCGCAAGUCACCGCUGCCCACACCUGUCGCGUGCCUGAAGCACGACGUCGCUACGGUUCAUACCAAGUUACCUGCGAGUAA